AUGCCGUUAAGUCCACCGCCGCCGAAGCCUCCGUUGACUAUGGCUCCAAGACCUCCACCACGCCGCCGCCGACGACGUUGUGCUCCGCUACCACCUUCCGAGCAGCAGCAGGAGCCGGAGCAGCAGCAACCACAGAUUUUGGAUCCAUAUCAAAGGCUGCGUAAAAAUCUAAAACGUGCUCAUGAUGGAUUACAGAAGCCAUUACCACCUCCGCCAAUUCCUGCUCCAUUGGUCUGGUUGCCUUCAUCUAAUGAGUUACCUCCACGAUUGCUGCGAAUUGCCUUUGUGAUAUGCCUGCUAAUUGUUUUACUCUCCCCAUCCACAGACAGUGCACAGACUAAGACACGCCGCCGUCUGCGACGCCCAACCUCAUCAUCAUCAUCUGCAUCGGUUAGCUCCAGCUCCAAGAAGGCAACCGAGGCUCCCGUGGCCGAAAAACGUAUCGAUCAGUUACCAGCAUCGACGAGCACAAGUGUUCGACGUACUCGCCUACGUUCAAAAUCGAAAUUCGGUGGCGGUGCAGCAGCUGCAGCUGGUGCUGGAGUCGCAGCUGCUGGCGGUGCAGCAUUGGUGGCUAGCGGAUCAUCGCUUAAAGGCAAAAAGACCAAAGUCGACGAUGGCACACCAAAGAUUGUGUGCUAUUAUACAAAUUGGUCGCAGUAUCGUGUCAAAAUUGGUAAAUUUGUGCCCGAGGAUAUACCUGCCGAUCUCUGUACACAUAUCAUUUUCGCCUUUGGCUGGCUGAAGAAGAACAAAUUGAGUUCAUACGAGUCCAACGAUGAGAAUAAAGACAAUGUACCCGGUCUAUACGAACGCAUGAUGAAUCUGCGUAAGGCCAAUCCUAAAUUGAAGAUUCUAUUGGCUUUGGGCGGUUGGUCCUUUGGCACACAGAAGUUCAAGGACAUGUCUGCCACACGUUAUACCCGUCAGACUUUCGUUUACUCGGCCAUACCGUUCUUGCGUAAACGUGGUUUCGAUGGUCUUGACAUGGAUUGGGAAUACCCCAAGGGCUCGGACGAUAAGAAGAACUUUGUUUUGCUGCUAAAAGAACUGCGCGAAGCCUUCGAAGCUGAGGCACAAGAACUGAAGAAGCCACGUUUGUUACUCUCAGCAGCUGUUCCUGUCGGUCCGGACAAUGUCCGCGGUGGUUACGAUGUGCCGGCCAUAGCUAGCUAUUUGGAUUUCAUUAAUCUGAUGGCUUACGAUUUCCAUGGCAAGUGGGAACGUGAAACUGGACACAAUGCACCAUUGUAUGCCCCCUCAACGGAUUCGGAAUGGCGCAAACAACUCUCUGUCGAUAAUGCUGCCAGUUUGUGGGUUAAACUGGGUGCCCCCAAGGAGAAAUUGGUGAUUGGUAUGCCCACCUAUGGCAGAUCCUUCACUCUGGCCAACACCGAGAAACAUGGACCCAAUGCUCCAGCCACUGGCGGAGGUCGUGAGGGUGUCUACACAAAGGAGAGCGGAUUCUUGGCAUAUUAUGAAAUUUGCGAAAUGCUCCAGAAUGGAGCCGUCUAUGUUUGGGAUGAGGAGAUGAAAGUCCCCUAUAUGGUCGAUGGGGAUCAAUGGGUUGGUUUCGAUGACGAACGCGCCAUUCGUAAUAAAAUGCAAUGGAUUAAAACGAAUGGUUUCGGCGGUGCAAUGGUCUGGACCAUCGAUAUGGAUGAUUUCAAGGGUGAGGUAUGCGGAGGCAAUGUGAAGUAUCCAUUGAUUGGAGCCAUGCGCGAAGAAUUGUUGGGUAUUUCACGUGGCAAGGAGGCCAAGGAUGUUAACUGGACAGCUGUGGCAUCAACAUUCGAAGAUAUCGAAGAGAAACCGGAACCCAUCAAGAUUUCCGUUGAUGAGAUACUCAACAAAGUGCGUAAACCUCAGGUGCUUAAGAAACAUCGCAUCAAGGGUGGAGCAAAUGCUGUUGAGCAAAAUUCUCGACCUGCUCAAGUGUUCUGCUAUUUGACUAGUUGGUCUGCCAAACGUCCAGGUGCUGGCAAAUUUGAGCCAGAAAACAUAAAUCCAAAACUCUGCACACACAUUGUCUAUGCAUUUGCCACGCUUCAGGAUUACAAGCUGACCGAGGCCACCGAUGAUGAUCCUGAGAACUAUGAGAGUGUGAUUGCUCUACGUGAAUCGAAUCCAGAUCUGCAAAUCCUGUUGGCCAUCGGGGGAUGGGCUUUCGGUUCGACACCCUUCAAAGAGCUGACCUCUAAUGUGUUCCGUAUGAAUCAGUUUGUCUACGAGGCUAUCGAUUUUCUGCGUGACUAUAAAUUUAAUGGUCUGGAUGUCGACUGGGAGUAUCCUCGCGGUGCCGAAGAUCGUCUGGCCUAUGUCAAUCUGCUGAAGGAGCUGCGUGUUGCAUUCGAGGGAGAGGCCAAAUCAUCUGGUUUGCCUCGUCUACUACUCACUGCUGCUGUGCCAGCCUCAUUUGAGGCAAUCGCCGCUGGUUAUGAUGUCCCAGAGAUCUCCAAGUAUUUGGACUUUAUCAAUGUGAUGACCUAUGAUUUCCAUGGUCAAUGGGAACGCACAGUGGGACACAAUUCACCGCUGUUUGCCUUGGAAUCGGCCACCGGAUAUCAGAAGAAGCUAACCGUCGACUACAGUGCUCGGGAAUGGGUGAAACAGGGUGCUCCCAAGGAGAAACUCUUGAUCGGCAUGCCAACCUAUGGACGUAGCUUUGAGCUGGUCAACGAUACACAAUUCGAUAUUGGAUCACCAUCAUCGGGUGGCGGAAAGGCUGGCAAGUUCACCAACGAGGCAGGCUUCCUCAGUUACUAUGAAGUGUGCUCAUUCCUGGCAGCGGAUAACACAACGCUCGUUUGGGACUCGGAGCAACAGGUGCCAUUUGCAUACCGUGGCAAUCAAUGGGUUGGCUUCGACGAUGAACGCUCUUUGAAAACAAAGACCGAAUGGUUGAAGGAGCAAGGUUUCGGUGGAAUUAUGGUUUGGUCCAUUGAUAUGGAUGAUUUCUCUGGCCGUUGUGGUAGUGGAAAGUAUCCAUUGCUUACUGCACUAAACGAUGAACUUAAGGACUAUAAGGUUACCUUAGAAUUCGAUGGACCCUACGAAUCGCACGGUCCACGUGGCGCUUAUACCACAAAAGAUCCUCAUGAGGUCACUUGUGCCGAGGAGGAUGGUCAUAUUAGCUAUCACAAAGAUUGGGCUGAUUGUACACAUUACUAUAUGUGCGAGGGAGAACGAAAGCAUCAUAUGCCAUGUCCCGCCAAUUUGGUGUUCAAUCCCCAAGAGAAUGUCUGCGAUUGGCCUGAAAAUGUUGAAGGUUGUCACACGCCCACAGAGGCACCUGCCUAAAUUAAUCAAUAAAACACUCCCCCCGCCGCCUACUCCCCUUUCCAUGCCUCUGUUCCCCACAAUUUCUCUGCGGGGAAAGCUGUCCUUCGAAUUGUUAAUACUUUUGAUAUGAUGAUGCCCUAGAUUUAGUUUUAAUACAACAACACAAGAAACACAAAAACUGCCACGAAACUAUUUUGCUCAGCCCUCUUACCCUUCCCCUUCCUACUAACUAGCUUCAAAAAAUACUCACAUGAAAGAAACAAAAGGAAUCUUUGCUACAUUUCGGCUGAUUUUUUUUAUAUUUUUUUGUCUACUACAUAAGUUUAACUAGUGUUGUAAGUAGUUUUUAUGUUUUAGUUAAAA